AUGCUUAGAACCAGACUAUCCGUUUCCGUUGCUGCUAGAUCGCAACUAACCAGAUCCUUGACAGCAUCAAGGACAGCACCAUUAAGAAGAUGGCCUAUUCAGCAAUCGCGUUUAUAUUCUUCUAACACUAGAUCGCAUAAAGCUACCACAACAAGAGAAAAUACUUUCCAAAAGCCAUACAGCGACGAGGAGGUCACUAAAACACCCGUCGGUUCUCGCGCCAGAAAGAUCUUCGAAGCUCCUCACCCACAUGCCACUCGUUUGACUGUAGAAGGUGCCAUAGAAUGUCCCUUGGAGAGCUUUCAACUUUUAAACUCUCCUUUAUUUAACAAGGGUUCUGCAUUUACACAAGAAGAAAGGGAAGCGUUUAAUUUAGAAGCAUUGCUACCACCACAAGUGAACACUUUGGACGAACAACUGGAAAGAAGCUACAAGCAGUUAUGCUAUUUGAAGACGCCCUUGGCCAAAAACGACUUCAUGACGUCUUUGAGAGUACAGAACAAAGUCCUAUAUUUUGCAUUAAUAAGGAGACAUAUCAAGGAAUUAGUUCCUAUCAUUUACACCCCAACCGAAGGUGAUGCUAUUGCUGCCUAUUCCCACAGGUUCAGAAAGCCAGAAGGUGUGUUUUUAGACAUUACCGAACCUGAUUCCAUCGAAUGUAGAUUGGCUACAUACGGUGGAGACAAAGAUGUAGACUACAUCGUUGUGUCGGAUUCGGAAGGUAUUCUGGGAAUUGGUGACCAAGGUAUCGGUGGUGUACGUAUUGCUAUCUCCAAAUUGGCAUUGAUGACGCUGUGCGGUGGUAUUCAUCCCGGCCGUGUGCUACCUGUGUGUUUGGACGUCGGUACUAACAACAAGAAACUAGCCCGUGACGAAUUGUACAUGGGUAACAAGUUCUCCAGAAUCAGGGGUAAGCAAUAUGACGACUUCUUGGAAAAAUUCAUCAAGGCCGUUAAGAAAGUGUAUCCAAGCGCCGUUCUGCAUUUCGAAGAUUUCGGUGUUAAGAACGCUAGAAGAUUACUAGAAAAGUACAGGUACGAAUUGCCAUCAUUCAACGAUGACAUUCAGGGCACCGGUGCCGUCGUGAUGGCCUCGUUGAUUGCUGCUUUGAAACAUACCAACAGAGACUUGAAAGACACCAGAGUGCUUAUUUACGGUGCCGGGUCUGCGGGCCUCGGUAUCGCAGAUCAAAUUGUGAAUCAUAUGGUCACGCACGGCGUUGACAAGGAAGAAGCGCGCAAGAAAAUCUUCUUGAUGGACAGACGUGGGUUAAUUCUACAAUCUUACGAGGCUAACUCCACUCCCGCCCAACACGUAUACGCUAAGAGUGAUGCGGAAUGGGCUGGUAUCAACACCCGCUCUUUACAUGAUGUGGUGGAGAACGUCAAACCAACGUGUUUGGUUGGCUGCUCCACACAAGCAGGCGCAUUCACUCAAGAUGUCGUAGAAGAAAUGCACAAGCACAAUCCUAGACCGAUCAUUUUCCCAUUAUCCAACCCUACUAGACUACACGAAGCCGUUCCUGCCGAUUUAAUGAAGUGGACCAACAACAACGCUCUUGUAGCUACCGGAUCUCCUUUCCCACCUGUUGAUGGUUACCGUAUCUCGGAGAACAACAAUUGUUACUCUUUCCCAGGUAUCGGUUUAGGUGCCGUACUAUCGCGUGCCACCACCAUCACAGACAAGAUGAUCUCCGCUGCAGUGGACCAACUAGCCGAAUUGUCGCCACUAAGAGAGGGCGACUCGAGACCUGGGUUGCUACCCGGCCUGGACACCAUCACCAACACUUCUGCGCGUCUAGCUACCGCUGUGAUCUUGCAAGCACUCGAGGAGGGAACCGCCCGUAUCGAGCAAGAACAAGUACCGGGAGGAGCUCCCGGCGAAACUGUCAAGGUUCCUCGUGACUUUGACGAAUGUUUACAGUGGGUCAAAGCCCAAAUGUGGGAGCCUGUGUACAGACCUAUGAUCAAGGUCCAACAUGACCCAUCGGUGCACACCAACCAAUUGUAG